UAUUUUCUUCCUGUCAGUUGGUCAAGACUACAGAACCCUGAAUCCACAGACUUGUUCAUGGCGAACUCCCAGAUUCCUGCAGUGCCCCUGGGCCCCCUGUCCUCCAGGCCAGUGCAGGUCACCUGCCCCUCCUGUCAGCAGGUGGUCGUCUCCCAGGUGGACUACUCGGCCGGCCUGCUUACUUACCUCUUCUGUGGAGGCCUGUUCCUCUGCGGGUUUGUGCUGGGUUGCUGUCUCAUUCCCUUCUGUGUGGACCGCCUCCGCAAUGCCCAACACUCCUGCCCCUCCUGCAAGGCUCUGCUGGGGGUCCACAAGCGCUUAUAACCUGGACAGGCAUUAUAACCUCCCUGGACAGGCAUUAUAACCUCCCUGGACAGACAUGAUAACCUCCCUGGACAGGCAUUAUAACCUCCCUGGACAGGCAUUAUAACCUCCCUGGACAGACAUGAUAACCUCCCUGGACAGGCAUUAUAACAUCCCUGGACAGGCAUUAUAACCUCCCUGGACAGGCAUUAUAACCUCCCUGGACAGGCCUUAACAUACACACAGACAUAAUGUCUCCCUCCCGCCCUCACCAAACCUUGAAUACUUGUUAAAUCUGUCUGGGUACCUGCAAAAUCUCUCUUUCAGGAGAAGAACCACAUUAACCAGCAUGCUUUGCUGAAUGCAGCAAUAUUGUGUGACGGACAAUAAAAGAGAUUGUAUGACA